AUGUUGAUAGAACAACUUCUGCAUGGCCUGGAAGCUCGCGAUAUGGUUGACGAGAUCAUAGCAAAGAUGCCAGAAACCUUCAAAAGGGCCUACGAAAUCGCAUACACCCUUGAGACCACACGCAGCACAGCACGGGAAGUUAACACGGGGGCGGCAUUCACGAUACCUGAAGAAACCCAUAAGCUCGGAUACGAAAAUCUUCGAACCAGAAAGAAAGCAACAUUUAGUCAUCCGAAAAGUUCCCAGGGCGAAUAUCAGCGAACGAACAAGCAAUAUACCGGUGAAACCUGCAAAGGUUGCGGUGGACAACAUCAGUGCCGUUUCCGUGAGGUUCGUUGUCACAAUUGUAAUAGCAAAGGCCAUAUUUCGAAAGUGUGCAGAUCAAGAAGGUCGCCGGUCCAGGAGUCAUCGGCUGAUCAAGUGGACUCAGAGGAAAUACCACAACCCGUUAUCGACGUAGUCCAAUCGUUGAGUCAAGUACACGAUAUGAAAUCCCCGGGAAAGAAGAUGAUCGAUGUAAAAAUCGACGGUCGUGCGCUACAAAUGGAACUGGACACUGGAGCUCCCAGCGGUAUAAUUGCAGAAUCCACACUGCGGACCAUUAAACCUAAAUACUCGUUACUAAGAACGGACAGACAGUUUUCGAGCUACACCGGACAUCGCAUUAAUUGCCUAGGGCGUAUCCCGGUAAAUAUAUCCAUUGGAACCGCGACGCGCAGGUUGAAUUUGUACGUCUUGUCUGGGGAAUCAGAUCCACUGUUUCGGCGCGAUUGGAUCUCUCAUUGUGUUAACGAAAUCAAUCUGAAUCGGUUGUUCUCUAUAGAUAUGUCAACCAACUCUAUCAACUCUUCGGAACAAACUCCGACUCAAUCAGCACGCCUUUCGACACUACUGAGAGGAUUUGAAGACGUUUUCAGUCAAAUCCCCGGGAAGCUGGUGGGGUCGCCAGCCAAAGUUCAUUGGAAACCAGAAGUGUCUCCGGUAUUCGCCAAAGCACGUGAUGUACCAUAUGCACUGCGAGAGCGAUACGCAGCCGAAAUCGACAAAAAACUUGCAUCAGGAUUUUUCGAAAAGGUGGAAUACUCCGAGUGGGCAUCACCUACUCACAUAGUAGUAAAGAAAAAUGGCGACUUGCGGAUCGCCGGAAACUACAAACCAACCGUCAACCCGAGAAUAAUAGUCGACGAACAUCCCAUCCCGAAGAUUGACACGAUUUUCAACAAAAUGAAUGGUGCUAGCAUGUUUUGCCAUUUAGAUGUGACCGAUGAAUAUACUCAUCUUCCGAUCGACGGACAGUUUAGUCAUGCACUAACGCUGAACACGGCAACGCACGGGCUCAUUCGUCCCACUCGGGCGGUAUACGGAGCGGCAAACAUUCCAGCUAUUUGGCAACGCCGCAUGGAGUCGGUCCUUCAAGAAUUGGACGAUGUAGUCGUCAGUUUCUACGAUGACAUAAUCGUGUUCGCCAGGGACUUCGACAGCCUUCUUCAAGCACUAACAGUCACCUUGGAUAGAUUGAGGCUAAACGGACUACGUCUAAAUCGAUCGAAAUGCGUAUUCGCAGCUUCAUCUCUUGAAUGCCUGGGCCACAGAAUUGAUCGCAACGGAUUACACAAAUCAAACAAACACGUGGAAGCCAUUCGCAAUGCACCACGUCCUUCAAAUCCGGAUGAAUUACAGCUUCUACUAGGUAAGGCCACAUAUUAUAGUGCUUUCAUACCAAACUUGCUUCAAGAGCAAGAUGCUUACGCGAUAUGCUUCUAG